GUGCGCGGCGAAGAAAGCCCGUGCAAGGGAGAGAGGCAACACGCCGCUGGAGCUUUUGUUUGUUAAGCAGGCAUUAUCGUGCUUUAUCACGGGUACUUUAGGGGGCUUAAAGGCGAGUUCACUUUCAGGUCAACACUACAAUUUAUCAAUUGAAAAACAUCAAGCCGCCGAUUAUCUCGACUGUAUAUAAAGCUCGGAGCAGCCGGAGCUUCAUUCAGUCUGUGAAAGCAGUCGCAGUGAGAGCAACCCCCUUUGCUAAACCCGAAAAAAACAAAACUCGCACACCAACAUGAAGGCCGUCGUCAUCGUUCUUGCCGUCUGCCUCGCCGGCGUCUUCGCAGAAGACCCCAUCAAGGACAUCAACAAGGAGUACAUCAAGGGCUGCCUGAUCGAGAACGGAUUCGACCCACAGCAAUACCCGACCGGUCUGAGGAACGCCAAGGUGCCCGAGAAGCAGGAGCAGAACAGGAACUGCUACUACUCCUGCAUGAUGAAGAAGAUGAACCUGAUGAAGGCCGACGGAUCCCUCAACGAGGACGCCCUGCGCCAAAAGUUCAACAUGAACCUCGACACGCUAGGAAAGGCCCUGAGCACGUGCAAGGACCAAGUUAAGGACGACAAGUGCAAGCUGGCCGCCUGCCUGAUGGCCAACCGUGGAGCUUAAGGAGAGUCUGAUGCUGCAUUUUCAAAGUAUUCAUUUUAACGAUUAAGAAUCUCAUGUAUGCAUAUCAAGAAAUUGAAUAAAACUACAUUUAAUCUUACGAAAUUCAAUAA